AUGCCCGGCGCCGGCGCCCCUCUCGCCGUCUUCCUGGUCUCCUCCCUCAAGUCCGGCGCGCGCCUCCGGCACGGGGAGCAGCUCCACGCGCUCGCCGCCAAGUCGGGCCUCCUCCUCUCCAACCCCUUCGUCCGCAACUCCCUGCUCGCCUUCUACGCCCGCCUCACCCCCGCCCCCCACGCGCCAGCGCUCGCCCUCCACCUGUUCGACGAAAUACCCCUCGCCCUCCGCGACCCCGCAGCCCACAACACCAUCCUCGCCGCCCUCGCUCGCGCGGGCCGGCUCGACCUCGCGCGGCGCAUGCUCGCGGAGAUGCCCCAGGCGCAGAGGGACACCGUCUCCUACACCACCGUCCUCACCGCCCUCGCGCGCGCCGGCCACGCGGAGGACGCCGUGGCCGUCUUCCGCGGCAUGCUCGCCCAGGGCGUGCCUCCCAACGAGGUCACUCUCGCCGGCCUGCUCACGGCGUUGGCCCAUGACACGGCGCCGGUGCCAGUUAGCGUGGCGCACGGAGUCGCCGUGCGGCGUGGGCUCGACGGAUUUCUCAUUGUGGCCACCAACCUGGUCCAUGCUUAUGCAUCAACCUCACAGGUCUGUUCCGCUCGUGAAAUCUUCGAGUGGAUGCCGGAGAAGAACACGGUCACCUGGAAUGCCAUGCUCAACGGCUACGUGAAGGCAGGGAUGGUUCAGAUGGCUGCCGAGGUAUUCGGGCGGAUCCCGGAAAGGGACACGGUCUCUUGGCUGACGAUGAUCGACGGGUACAUCCGUGCAGAUUGUAAAUCAGAAGCCCUCAGGGCAUAUGCUGCCAUGAUGGCUGAGGCGGACAGGAGGGGCAACUCGGGGCUGCUUGUUGAUUUGAUAAAGGUGUGCGCUCGACAUGCUGCUGUUUCAGAAGGGCAGCAACUGCACGCGGUCAUUCUGAAGGACGGUUUCGAUGCCCAUCUGUUUGUGCAAGCGACAGUUAUCCAUCUCUAUGGUUCUUGCGGUCAUCUCGACCUUGCCCGGAUGCAGUUCAAGUUAUCAGACAAGUCACAUGUUGCGUCUUGGAACGCUCUCAUGUCUGGUCUCCUACGGGAGAACCUGAUGCGUGAAGCAAGGAAGCUGUUUGAUGACAUGCCUGAGAGGGACACCAUCUCGUGGACUACUUUGCUAUCUGGGUAUGCACAGAGCGGACAUUCGAACACGGCUUUGCAGCUAUUCUUCUCGAUGCUGGGUGCUGGUGUUGAACCAAACGACAUUACCUUGGCAAGUACUCUAUCCGCAGUUGCUGAUUGUGGCACAUUGGAGCAGGGCAGAAGUAUUCAUCACUACGUAGUCAGCAAAUCAAUCCCACUUACCGAUAACCUGAGUGCUGGGCUGAUUGAUAUGUACGCAAAGUGUGGCAGUGUCGCUGAUGCAGUUCAAGUGUUCAGUUAUGUCAAGCGUAAGUCAUCUUCCGUGUCUCCUUGGAAUGCUAUCAUCUGCAGUUUAGCCAUCCACGGCCAUGCCAACAUGUCGCUUCAACUGUUCUCCCAAUUACAAAGCACCAGUAUCAAGCCAAACUCAGUCACAUACAUUGGCGUCUUAAAUGCAUGCUGUCAUGCUGGGCUCGUGACCGAGGGGAAGCAGCACUUUGAGUCCAUGAGCAGAGAAUAUGGAAUCCAACCAACAAUUAAACACUACGGUUGCAUGGUUGAUCUUCUUGGUCGAGCUGGACACUUGGAAGAGGCGGAACAUCUCACCGAGACGAUGCCGAUGAAAUCAGAUGUGGUGAUAUGGGGCAGCAUCCUUGCAGCUGCGAGGACACAUGGAAACGUAGCCUUAGGUGAAAAGGCCGCGGAAGAGUUGGCCAAGCUUGAUCCAAACCAUGGAGCAUCCAAAGUGGCCUUGUCAAAUAUCUUUGCCGAUGCUCGUCGUUGGAACAACGUGUCAUUAGUGAGGAAGGAACUACAGGACGGAAAUUUGGAGAGGUUAUCUGGAAGCAGUGGAGUUGUUCAGUGAUAGGUCAUAACAUUUUUUCCUUGGACUCUUCUUGUGCGAACUGCUCUUAAAUUGAGCAAUUAUGAUAGCAAGCAGCUUCUUUUGUGU